AUGGAGAAUCCCUCCUUUGUCCUUCAAUCUAUCAAGAGCGUGGUGAUCGAGGAUCGCCCCAAACCCGAGCUCAAAGAUCCAUACGAUGUGGUGGUCCAGGUCGCCCAGACAGGGAUUUGUGGAAGCGAUGUCCAUUACUGGCAGCGCGGUCGCAUCGGCGACUAUAAACUGACUGGCCCAAUGGUUCUCGGACACGAGUCAUCUGGAGUCGUCGUCGAGACAGGGGCCCAAGUGUCUCACCUGAAGGUCGGUGACCGGGUCGCAAUGGAGCCUGGUGUCCCCUGCCGGCGAUGCGAAUAUUGCCGCAAGGGCUCAUAUCAUCUCUGCAGCGAUAUGAGAUUUGCUGCGACUCCGCCCUGGGACGGGACACUUGCAAAGUACUAUAUUAACGCCGCAGACUUCUGUUACAAAGUACCGGACUCGUUGUCUCUUGAAGAAGCAGCAAUGGUGGAACCGGUCUCGGUUGCUUGUGCUAUUGCAAAGACCGCGGACCUGCGCGCUCACCAGACCGUUCUGGUGCUGGGAUGCGGACCUAUCGGUGUCCUGUGCCAGGCUGUUGCUAAAGCAUACAACGCCAAAACUGUUAUCGGGAUCGAUAUAGUCCAGGCUAGGCUUGAUAUUGCCCAGUCUUAUGGAGCUGACUACACCUUCAUUCCUCCCCGGGCAGAGCCAGGUCAAGAUCCACUAGAACACGCAGAAAAGGUUGCACAAGAACUUAAGCAACAGUUUCAGCUUGGCGACGGUCCAGACGUUGUCCUAGAGUGCUCUGGUUCAGAGGCAUGUAUCCAGUUAGGAGUUCUUGUUGCUAAGCCGGGAGCGACGUUCGUGCAGGCUGGUAUGGGUAAGGAAGGGGUCGUGGUUCCAAUUACUGCUAUUUGCACUCGGGGCUUGACAGUCAAGGGGUCUAUUCGGUACCUUCCAGGCUGCUAUCCGGGGGCGAUUGACUUGAUAUCCAAAGGCCAGAUUGAUGUUAAGCCAUUGAUUACCAAUCGUUAUGCAUUUGAGGAAGCUGAGGAAGCAUUCGAGCUGGUUAAACAAGGGAGGCAGGAUGUUUUCAAGGUCAUGAUUUCUGGUGUUGAGAAAUUGUUGUAA